ACAAGGCCGCACACGGUAAUCUUGCAGAGGCAACGGCACAUACCGAUGCACCCUGUCUCUGCGAGGGUUUGAUUUUCAAUUAGAACAGUGGCACCACGGCAAAUUAACAGCACGACUGGUUCUUUUUACAGCCUCUUCUCCCGUUUAAGAUAUUCAGGAUCAUCCCCUUCAUCAUCUCUAGCCAAGUCCUGAACACCUGGUGUGUGGAGUGGAAAGGAAGAUGGCCCUCCCCAGAGUUGAAGCUGUUGCAUAGCAUGGUAAAUCAUUCCUGUGGACCAUCAAGAGGCAGGUCAAUAGGGACGUACCGAUGUGCCACGGGUAAGCGGCUCUCACUUGUCAGUCGAUGCGGUGGGUGUGACAGUGCCGUCCGCCCCCUGAUGACGGCAGUACGUGCCCCAUGGAGCAUCACCGCGGGAAGCAAUUCCUCAUGGAUCCGGCGGCAAUCGGACAGAGUCGUCACUGCAGCCUGAUUCAAUUGGAAGCAAGGGCAUCUUUCUCUGAACGUAAUUGGAGCUAUAAUGAAGACAAAGGACCGGUGACAUCAUUGCACGAUGAAGCUUGACAAGAAGGUAUUCACCUCUCUGCAGCACCAUCAAUUUAGCCGUCGUGAUUCCAUAUAACCAGUGAAUGAAGAUGGCCAUCGUCUGAUUGACCAUGACUUCUGAAGAAGGUAUUCAAUGUAUGUAUUUGUUUGCGUAGAUUCUAAGAACCUCGGGCCUGAUAGCAAUAAAUAAGGAAGGUUGAUUGGAAGUCGUUUCACGGAGAAGAGAACUCGUGACCUGAUGCUGUGUUCAUUCGGCGCCGUGAAAAGUGCCACCGUGCUUUGCUAUCUCGAUACUGUCCUAGCUUGCUGUUGGGUAACGACAGAAUCUGAUUAUGGCUCCACGCCCGUCUACCGAGAAACCUCUUAACCUCCGCUUCCUGUCAUUUCUCCUGCUAAUUACCUUUUCCCCCGUGUAUACCAACAACUGUCCGAGGAUCUGUGUCUGUAGCGGAUCGUUCUCUAACGUCUACUGCGGCGAUAGCAAUCUCACAAAGGUCCCCAACAGAAUCCCCGAGAGAGUUGUUUAUCUCAACCUCCACGCCAACAACAUUAGCAAACUCAUCAAGAACCAAUUUGCAAACUUGCCACAGUUACAUACGCUCCAGCUCAGCGCAAACACCAUAUCUGAGAUCGACAAUAAUGCCUUUGUUGGUCUGGACAAUUUGCAAAUCAUCGAGCUGUUUUACAACAACUUGCUAGUGGUUCCUAGCGGAGCGCUGAAGUCACUAAUCAACUUGAAAGAAUUAUGGUUAGGAGGCAAUCCGAUAGUUUGUCUGGACGCCUACAGCUUCUCCUAUCUGCCGAAUCUCAAACUCUUGGAUUUGGGGGAACUGAGGCAGCUUAGGGGGAUCUCAAAUAGCGCCUUUGCGGGUUUGAACAGCCUAGUUUAUCUGAACAUGGGAGUCGCUAACUUACAGACAGUGCCUUAUCUGCAGCAUCUAACCAGUCUGGAAGAGUUGAAUCUAUCAGGGAAUGUCAUCAGGGUCCUCGGGCGAACAUCGUUCCAGAGUAUGUUCAGACUCAGACGACUGAUGAUUAUUUCGUCCCAAGUGAACGAGGUUGAACCGCUAGCCUUUGAAGAUUUGCAGGCUCUAAGUGAAUUAGACCUUUCGUACAACAACCUUAGCACAUUACCAUACAACCUCUUCGCUGCGACGACAUCGUUAGGGAAGGUGAACCUGAAAUAUAACCCUUGGAACUGCAGCUGUGACAUAACGUGGCUGGUGGAAUGGCUGCGAACAAAGGUACGUGAUAGAACUUGUGAUGCUUGCGGAGAAUGUCGAUACCCGAAGAGACUAUUAGGAACAUCCGUAUUUCGUCUUCCGAUAGAUAUAUUCCGCUGCCCUCGACGGAAGAUAAGCAACUAUUCGAUCCAGCUGAAUGUUACAGAGGGCGAGGACGCAUCGUUGCCGUGUGUUUCAGGUCGUGAAACCGCCAUAAGCUGGAUAACCCCUAACGGUACAACAAUACGACACGGCAACUACGAGGUUCGUGUGAAGGUCUUCAACGACGGCAGUUUGAACAUUACAAGAGUCACCCUGCACGACGCAGGCGUGUACCGAUGUAUUGCACGAAACCCCGGCGGCAGCCAGUCUGUUAUAACCACACUGAAUGUCACAACAAGGGCGUACAUCACUGAUAUCCCCGUAUUGGAGGAACCUAUGGAAGAUGACUUCGACCCAUCAGUGUGCACACUAGGGCUUGAUGAGCAAAACUGGCCUAAUGUCAAUCUAAACACCACCAACAGAUGGAAUCUGACAUACAAACCUCCUACUAUGCCCCCUAGCGAUACGGUUGCCGUUGAUGAAGAUGGUGAUGACUACGACCCAUUAGGGUCCAAAAAGUUCGACCAUUUGAGUGUUAUCGUGAGUUCAAUCGCGGGCAUCGUUGUGUUGGGGCUAUCAGUCUGGGGAAUCUGCUUUCUCUGUAGGCGAUGUAACGAGAGGAAACGGUUCCUACAAAAGAAGUGUAAAUCAAGGGAAAGAACAAAAAAGAAGCACGAAGACGAUAGCUCAUGUUGCUGUGGGAAGUAUUGUUGUUGUAGACACCAGAUGGAAAAAGAACCAGAAUCGGUAGAGAUGCCGCCGCCUGAUAUAUACAGUAUAGACAUCAAAGUAGACAUUGAAAAACAGGCUAACGGGACGCUGAAAAAGUCCAAAGCAUCAAAGGUCGAGACGCAAGUCUGACUCUCCUGACAGUGUAACAUAUCACUUGUAAAUAACAUGUAUGUACUUGUCAAAAUAGAAGCAAUCUUGUAAGAGCAAGGGAAGAUUUAUUGGCAAACUGUGUAGUCAAUAAAGCUUACAAUGGGUCACUUGCUUAUAAAGGCAGAAGGUCGAAUCACAUGUAUCAUAAUAUAUCUCGAAUUGUUUGCUUGUCUUUAAGGAUACAAGGAACUAAUACAGUUGCUGUAUUGUCAAGAGUUGUAAAACUGGGUGUCAACUGUGGCGGCCAUUGCUCCGUGUCUGCAUCACGACGACAUCAUGCCUAAAACCUCUCUUGUAAACACUGUGCAAAUGACAAGACCUCUCAACUGUCAACGAUUUCUAAGGCAAUGGUUGUAUCUUGGGAAUAUGGUGUCUCGAUGACUUCCCAAUAUGUAAGGUGUUGCAAAAAAAAUGAGAAUGACCUUUUCAACGAAAAAAUAGCUGUCAAUGCAAUGUGAAAUGGACGAACAGAAGAACACGGUACAAGGAACCGAUAUCUGGCUGGGGCAAUGUUUUGACACAAAUGUUAAUACACAUAGUCAUCAACGAAAAGGAAUUUGCUCCUGAAACACAAACCGUAUAUAAUAAAUUGCAAGAUGCUCGUUCAUGAUUCCGAGUGCGCUUGCGCGGCCACCUAGAUUUUGGUUAGUAAGUCAAAGGUAAAGACCAAAAAUUUGUAAACGGUUCUUGUAUCGACCAUUGUCUAUAUUUACAUGAUGUUUAUAAGUGCUUUGUUUAUGAAAGUGGGGGGGUGCCAUUCUCGUAUUAUUCGUACUGCGCGUGUGUAUUCGGAAUGAAGAAGGAGCUUAUCGCUGACGGUUAGUUCGUGUAUAAAAAGUUUGUUGGUUUGUAAUCCAGGAGCAUUAUUUAAGAAUUCGGUGGGGCAUACAGCUAACAGGGUAACAAAAUCAAUAUGAAGAAAUCAAAUCUAAAGUGGCAUAUUGUACUAUUAGUCCAACUCCAUAGUCUGUUCCCUUCUUCCAGUUGCUGUGAUCACACGAAACGAUUGAUUGAUUAAUUGAAACACUAUGGAAUUACAAAGAAGGCUCUUACCAAGAAUAUCUACUUGUAAUUGCUAAUUGUAAGCAUUCAAACAUCAGCCAACAUUCUAAGUGACGGCUGCAUGCGAUAGAUCCCACUCAUCAGUAUGAAAGUUGCAUUUUUUCGAAUCGAUCCCGAAGUAAUGGUCAUCAGCGCUCCAUUCUGUUUCUCUCGAUAGGAUUGACCGGUGAUCCCGGUUGACCACUUAACCAGUUUUCAAAAGGUCAUUUCCAGGGGUCGCUCUCAAGCCUUGAAGAGGGAGUUCAAUAACGUCAAUCUGGUAUCUCCGAAAUGCAAUAUUUUAAAGUGUGAAUUUCAAUACAAUUACUGUCAUUCAUGUCCAGUUUGGAAUAGGUUACAAUACACUUUAUAUGUUUUUGCCUAGUUUUAUAUUUUGUAAAUAAGUAAAUAAUACUCGUGUUUUGUUCUAUACAUUCCCAUUAUGUUUACAAAACAGAUAAGUUGAAUUUGAGCAAAACUCUAGAAUUCAUAUUGAAUUAGUAUGAAUAUAGAAUGCCAAUGGUCAAUGUAGUAUCGACACUUACUCAUCAUGAGUUUAAAUGGAAAUGUAUAAAGAACAAGGACUGUGUAAUAGAUGAGCGCCCAAGUUGUCUCGCCAACAUUUGAAGAAUACGUGGCCACAUUUAUACGGUGUUAUACUGCUGUAUCUAAUGCAUAUUAUUGUUACGAUGUCUUGGUAAUAUAUCUACCUAGCUGAGGUACAGUUAAUCAAGAAAUAUCGACAGCCCAACGCAAAGUGCUGUCGUAAGGUAAAUUAUUUUUAUAUCUACUAUCUGCAGCGUAUCGACUUUCUGUCCGUGAGACCUUGCACUUCCUUUGUACUUGUAACGAUCGGUAUUGAGGUGCAAUCUAGGGAAGAUCUGAGGUCUAUCAAUUCCGGGAAGAGAAACGACUUCGUAGGCAGAUUGCUUGAGUACCGAUUGUCUCCUGGGUGUAACAUUUGUCGAAUAUCUGUUGAACUGUGAAAAGUUGUACAUGCUUGAAAUUAAAGAAUGUUACAGC